UCCGGUGGAGGUGGCGGCUGCUUCUGUGUCUGUGGAGGUGGGCGUGAAGCCCCUCGGUGGUGUUUUGGCGAGUGAGGUGGUCUCGGUGUGUUGUGCGGCGCAGGCGGGGACAACCGGCGGGGAGCGACUUCACAGUUGAGACACGGCUAUGGAUUGGCUAGGCAGUAUUGUGUCUAUCAACUGUGGAGAUAGCCUGGGCGUCUACCAGGGAAGAGUAUCAGCAGUGGAUCAGGUCAGCCAGACCAUUUCUCUUACUCGGCCCUUCCACAAUGGGGUGAAGUGUCUUGUACCAGAAGUCACCUUCCGGGCAGGUGAUAUUACAGAAUUAAAAAUUUUGGAGAUACCAGGUCCUGGAGACAACCAGCAAUUUGGAGACCUUCAUCAGACUGAAUUAGCCCCUUCUGGUGUUGGGUACCAAAUGAGUAUCAGUCAGAAUGGAGCAGGCAAGGUGGUCAGGAAGCCAGCCUCUUCCAGUAGUGCCCCUCAGAGCAUCCCUAAGAGGACAGAUGUGAAGAACCAGGAUGUCGCCAUUUCUCCUCAGCAGCAGCAGUGCUCAAAGAGUUAUGUGGACAGGCACAUGGAGUCUUUGAGUCAGUCCAAAAGCUUCCGUCGUCGGCACAACUCCUGGUCAUCUAGUAGCAGGCACCCAAACCAGGCAACCCCAAAGAAAAGUGGUUUAAAAAAUGGCCAAAUGAAGAAUAAAGAUGAUGAGUGCUUUGGAGAUGAUAUUGAGGAGAUCCCAGACACAGAUUUUGACUUUGAGGGGAACCUGGCCCUUUUUGACAAGGCAGCUGUGUUUGAGGAGAUCGACACCUAUGAGAGGAGAAGUGGCACCCGUUCUCGGGGUGUACCAAAUGAACGUCCCACUAGGUACCGCCAUGAUGAAAACAUCCUGGAAUCGGAGCCAAUUGUGUACCGUAGGAUCACAGUGCCACACAGCGUGGGCAAGGAGUUCUGCACAGACUCUGGCCUGGUAGUCCCAAGUGUUUCCUACGAGCUACAUAAAAAACUGUUGUCUGUGGCUGAGAAGCAUGGGCUGACCUUAGAGCGGAGACUCGAGAUGACCGGUGUGUGUGCCAGUCAGAUGGCGCUGACUCUCCUCGGAGGACCCAACAGGUUGAAUCCUAAGAAUGUCCACCAGAGGCCUACAGUAGCUCUGUUGUGCGGGCCCCAUGUGAAGGGGGCUCAGGGUAUCAGUUGUGGGAGGCACCUAGCCAACCAUGACGUGCAAGUCAUCCUCUUCCUGCCCAACUUUGUCAAGAUGCUGGAGUCUAUUACCAAUGAACUGUCUCUCUUCAGCAAGACCCAAGGUCAGCAAGUGUCUAGCCUAAGAGAUCUCCCUACUAGCCCUGUGGACCUGGUUAUCAACUGCCUGGACUGUCCCGAGAAUGCCUUCCUUCGAGAUCAGCCCUGGUACAAGGCAGCUGUGGCCUGGGCCAACCAGAACCGGGCACCAGUACUCAGCAUAGACCCUCCUGUGCAUGAAGUAGAGCAGGGCAUUGAUGCCAAAUGGUCCCUGGCACUGGGCCUGCCUCUGCCACUCGGGGAGCACGCAGGCCGAGUCUAUUUGUGUGACAUUGGCAUUCCCCAGCAAGUCUUCCAGGAGGCCACCAGUUUGUUUGGAAACUUUGGACCCUUCUCAGAUGUUCCAAUUUUAUGUGGGCACUUUUCCUGAGGAGUGUGUCGAGAUGACGGCUAUGGUGAGAUUUUGGACUGGCUGCUCUGCUGUUUGUCUGUCACCUUUAGCAGUUUUGUGCCUGUCAAGCUACAAUGCCCACCGCCUAGUUAGGAACCAGACCCUCAGGAUGCAGCUCUUCAGUAUUGGGGAGACCCUGGGGGAGCUUGGUGCUGAGCCAGAGGAGGCUCCCUGGUGCUUCAGUCCUACCAUCACUUCCUACCUCCUUGUCCAUAAACACUGUCUGCCCCUUCUCCCUGUCUCUGGAAAUGGCCCUUUACACCUAUCCCAGGACAGGUUACAUGUCCCCCUCCUGCCAUGGCUUCACUCCAGUUUAUUCCUUUAUAGCUGUCCUCUUCAGAUGUGCAGACUUGGAACUAGUGGCCUGUCUCAAACAUGCCAAAAAUGAGCCCAGUUCUAGGUGACCGUAGUGGUGAGAUUCAGCUCUGGGAACGUCACACUGCUCAGAUCCUAGGGCAUUAUCCUCAGGAUCUUCCUGGGCUUCGGUCUUUCAGGUUAUUAGGAUAGAACUAUGCCCGGAGCCUUAGCAGAGACCUCUGAGGCUUUUCCCCACAGGCAUUCUGCUGUGCCUGUCACUAGUUGAGGGGUAUAGGUGAACAGGCAGAUGGGCUCGCUAAAAUGUUUGGGUCAAGGUUUGGGUAAACCCUGGUACCAUGAUUUCAGGCUGCUCUCUUGUAGGAACAUGGCCAGGAACAGACGGUAAUAGCCUUUCCUGUCUAUCUUUUCUCUUCAGUUAUCUCAAGCUCCAGGAAACAGGCCAGAGGACUGGGAGCCUCAGCUGUACAACAGGACUUUAGCUUUCAAGCUAGGCCUCUUUUCUAAAGGCAGGGUUACGAUUGGGACAGCAGGCACCCACAGGUUACUAGACACAGGCUACUAGACACGCAAAAAAAGGAGGUAGAACUCUGGACCUGCAGAUGGCUAACAUUAGGCAGUUCUCCCUGCUCUUGGCCUGGACCUCCCUAGAGUUCAAAGUGUUACUCCUGCCUGCAGCUCUUUUUGGAAGUUCCUGCUCAAUAGCUGGUCUCAGCCAGGUGUCAACUCUGUCACUAAUGCAUGCAGCUCUUGGUGAACCCAAAGCCAGCACAAUAAAGUGACAGAACUCUGUGCUAUCUUAACUGCUUUGUAGAACAAUGGGAGUGCUGCUUCUCUAGUUCCUAGGUGCCUGCCCUCAUCGCUGGGAUUGUUGGGGAUGGAGAUGGAGUGACAAGACAGCUGAGGCAUAACCAGAUUUUGUUUGGUUAGCUGUAGAGAGCUGUGUCCCUUGAAAUGAAGGUGCACGAGCCUUUCUAGGUCUGGCACGUCUCCUGGGGCCAGAACUCUACUUAACCCUAGAGCAGGGCUUCCCAAACUGCCAAAGGCUCUGACCUUUAUAACAGCUUACUAUUAUAGACAUCAUAAUAUAAGGAUGUUUUCCUAUGGUCUUAGGUGACCCCUGGGAAAGGGUUGUUCAGUCCCUAAAGGGGUUGUCACCCACAGGUUGAGAACCACUGCCCUAGAGAGAUGUUCCAGCU